GGACAGGGUGGCUGAUUGGCACACCCAGAGGUUCCCUUCCCGAGCCCAGCCCAGGAGGAAACAGGAAGUAAGAAGAGGGGGGAGGGCCAGGCGGAAGGAGAGUGUGGGGCUGCUAAUAAUCAAGUGGAUGAGCCAGCAGGUGCAGCAGGCUGAGCACAGCCCUUCACUGGGGACCAAGCGGCCCUUUCCCCCGGCUGCAGAGGCCUGGAGGGUGGCCACGCCUGCUCGUGUCUGGGAGCAACGGCCCUCACCAUGCCCACCCUCCUGCCUGAAUUGGUUUCAGAAGCCUUUCAGUAUGAUGAGAGCGCAGAAGCCUGUGAUAUGGGGGACAUUGUGGUCUUCGGGACCACCUUCCUGCCCAUAGUGUACUCCCUUGUCUUUGCCUUUGGCUUGGUGGGCAAUUUGCUGGUGGUGUUUGCCCUCACCCACAGCCGGAAGCCCAGGAGUAUCACCGACAUGUACCUCCUGAACCUGGCCUUGUCUGAUCUGCUCUUUGUAAUCACCUUGCCCUUCUGGAUUCACUAUCAGAUACGGGAUCAAGGCUUUCAUAAUGCUACGUGCAAACUCACUACCGCCUUCUUCUUCAUUGGUUUUUUUGGAGGCAUAUUCUUCAUCACCAUCAUCAGCAUCGACAGGUACCAGGCCAUUGUCCUGGCCGCCAGCUCCAUGAACAACCGGACUGUGCAGCAUGGCGUCGUCAUCAGCCUAGGCGUCUGGGCAGCCGCCAUUCUGGUGGCGGCACCCCAGUUCAUGUUCACAAAACUUACGGAAAACGAAUGCUUUGGGGACUACCCUGAGAUCCUGCAGGGCAUCUGGCCUGUGCUCCGAAACAUGGAAGUAAAUAUUCUUGGCUUCCUGCUCCCCCUACUAAUCAUGAGUUACUGUUACUUCAGAAUCCUACGGACGCUGUUUUCUUGCAAGAACAACAAGAAAGCUAAAGCCAUUAAACUGAUCUUUCUGGUGGUCAUCGUGUUUUUCCUCUUCUGGACACCCUACAACGUUAUGGUUUUCUUAGAGACGCUCAACCUCUAUAACUUCUUUCCCAGUUGUGACAUGAAGAGGGAUCUGAAACUGGCCCUCAAUGUGACCGAGACAGUCGCGUUUAUCCACUGUUGUCUCAAUCCCUUUAUCUACGCAUUUGCUGGAGAGAAGUUCAGAAGAUACCUUCGCCACGUGUAUAGGAAAUGCCUGGCUGUUGUGUGCGGUGGUUCCGUCCACGCCGCGUUCCCGGCCUCUGAAUCAGAGAGGACCCGGAGGGAAAGCGUGCUGAGCAGCAACGCGACCUACUACACCAGUGAUGGAGACGCGUCCAUUGCCCUCUGAAGAGAUCCCCAAAGCUUUGUCUCUACAGAGAGUCUGGGUCCCCUGAGUCUGACACUGAAAAAAAAUGAGGACACAUUUUUUUUCUUUUUUUACAUGCAAGAAAUAAUGGGCCCAAUUAUCCUCCAAAAAACCACCUUAUGGUGGUUUUUGAAAAUUGUGCUCAAAAUUUGAAUGAUAAAGGGUAGGCAUGUCUCUUACUGUAAAAGUUGGGGCUUUUUGAUUUGACAAAAGUCUGACUCAGACUAGCUUAGCUAAAAAGGAGGGGGUUAGUAUAGUUCACUCUGUGGCACCAGCAAGGGGGUGGCUGAGCCCCCAGAGUGCACGGAAACCGGGCUUGAACCCAGCCAGGAUAUCCUCUCUGACUCUCAAAUCUCUGAGUGGUGACAGAGCAGCCAGGCUCACAUAGCACAGCUUUGUCAUUAGAAAGGGACUGAGACCCAUUCCUCCCUCUCUGGUCUCAAGGUCAAAAUUCCCAGGGAAGGACUCUGACUGUCCGAGUGUGUAUCAGAUGCCCACCCCUGGAUCAGGUGGUGGUAUCCAUGGACAAGGGACAGAUAAGAUAGCAGUUUCUGUUCCAAUCUUAUGGCUAGAGGUUCAACAAGACCUAUAUACACAUUUACAAGAAGCUGGAGGGGUGGGUACUGUUGUGAUCACGUAGAACAAGAGCUGCCCACUGACAGCACCAUGUGCUGGCCCAGCCUUCCCUCCAAUCACACCAGUCAGUCCACAUGACUGGCCUCUUCUUCAACAUACUCUUCCUCUCAUGUCCCCAAAUCUACAAAGGCCCCCCACUGCCACCUGCCUCAAGUCCAAACUCAAAUGUCCGGCAUCUGAGCCCCUCUGUCAUGUGGUCCCACCAAGAGAUUCCCCAUUGCCCCCUCCUUUCAGAGGAUUCCACUCACCCUGUCAGCCAGAUGCCUUCCGUCUGGCUUCACGUACCUUCACCUGCUCCUGGGCCCAAUGAGAGAAAUGGAAAAAACCCUGGCCCAAACGGAGAAGGGUUUCCAAUCCCAACUCUCUAUCACUUACCCACAGGGUAGCUUAGGGCCAACCGAGCUUCAGUUUCCUCAUCUGUGCAACAGAGACAGUGGCACUUUUCACAUCGGUAGCAUUGUUAGCAGCAUAAAGAACCAGCUACCAACUGUUGCAGUUUCCGACACUCAGACUUCAGCUUGCCCCCCACCUGACACCAUGCUUCAAGCAGUGGCACUGACAGCACCCAAAGGAGCGUGCAGUCAGCUGUAGUCCAGACACAGAGGAGGCUGGCUCUCAGUGGACACUCCUGGGUGCACAGUAGCCUCCCCUGGCCCAGCCCUGCGUAUUGCCUUGAACACUCCCUCGCAAUCUUGUGGCAAACCACUGCCCAUCUGCAGAUAACGACAUCAUUCAGGCCACCGCCAAACUAGAGAGCCAGGGUCACGGGGGCAGCUUUCUUUGUUCAGUAAACAUUGAGAAUGGUCUAAAACUUUAAAGCUUGAAAAACAGCUCUGAUGAUGCUAGAGAAAAUGUCAUGCAGUAUGGCCCUUUGCUCAUCCAGAGCUUGUUCACACCCUCACAUGUUUAGAACUGCAAUCAUAAUGUACAAUUCUGUAAUCUGCUUUUUUCUCUUAACAUCCAGCCAGACGCGGCUCUCUGAUUCUCUGUAGUUGUGUGGUUAUCAUUGCAGAAGCUGAGCUGUGUGCUCAUUAAAGGCAUUCAACUCAUUGCUGUACUUCCCAUACCUCCUUAGCAGUAUGUUUGCUUAAUCAAUGAGCAAAGAAAAUAUGUCCCAUCCAGACCAUGUGCUGUACCUUCACACGAUGCAAUACUACGCAACAGAAAGAGAGAAGGAGCUCCUACCCUUUGCGACAGCAUGGAUGGAUCAGGAGAGCAUUAUGCUAAGUGAAGUAAGCCAGGUGGUGAAAGACAAAUACCAUAUGAUCUCACCUGUAAGUAGAACCUAAUCGACAAAAGAAGCAAAAUAUAACCAAAGGCAUUGAAAUUAAGAACAAACUGACAGUGACCAGAG